GGGGUGAGUAGGAGAUGAGAAUAAAUUCCCCAAAAGAAAAGUCAACACAGAACUAUAUUUAUACAUAUUUAACCCACUUUCCACUUAAUACUGAUCACUCUCCUAUUUUGUAAACCUUGUGAUCAAAUUAAAGACAGUGCUGAAAAGUCUGGGUUGCAAUGUCCCACAGACUUCUCUGUACAAUGCAGAGUAAUAGUUUAGGUAGCGACUUCUUGAUCCUCAGUUUUGCCAGAGGCUGCAACCAGACCUGUGCUGGAACCACGUUUGGAAACCAGUAUGACAAUGAUACCAUUGUCUGGAGCAGGAUUCAUCAAACUGAAUAUGCAAUGGAAGCUGUUAAACAAGGUUCAGCCACAGUUGGUCUGAAAUCAAAAACCCAUGCAGUAUUGGUUGCAUUGAAAAGGGCACCAUUGGAGCUUGCAGCUCAUCAGAAAAAAAUUAUCCAUGUUGACAACCAUAUUGGUAUCUCAAUUGCAGGGCUUACUGAUGAUGGUAGACUGUUAUGUAAUUUUAUGUGCCAGGAGUGUUUUGAUUCCAGAUUUGUAUCUGAUAGACCACUUCCUGUAUCUUCUCUUGUAUCUCUAAUUGGAAGCAAGACCCAAAUAUCAACACAACAAUAUAGCUGGAGACCGUAUGGUGUUAGGCUACUUAUUGCUGGUUAUAAUGAUAUGGGCCUCACAUUUUCCAAACCUGGUCAUCUGCUGACUAUUUUGACUACAGAGCUAUGUCCACUGGGGCCCAUUCUCAGUCAGCUCGUACUUGGAGAGACAUGUCCAAAUUUAUGGAAUAAAAUUUAAAUGAACUGGUUAAACAUGGUCUGCAUGCCUUAAGAGAGACAAUUCCUGCAGAACAGGACAUAACUACAAAAAUGUUUCCAUUGGAAUUGCUGGUAAAAAUUUGGAGUUUACAAUCUAUGAUGAUGAUGAUGAUGAUGUGCCUCCAAUCCUGGAAGGUCUUGAAGAAAGGCCACAGAGAAAGGCACAGCCUGCUCAACCUGCUGAUGAACCAAUGGAACAUUAAGUGAUAAGCCAGCCUAUGUAUGUAUUAUCAAAUAUGUAAUAAUGCUGGAAGACAUACUGAUGAUAUUAAUCAUCAGUAGAAUGGUGGUGGAAUGGUAUGUUUUAGGGAAUCAGUCCAGAUGUGAGUUUUUUCUAAGCAACCUCACUAAAACCAUAUAAUGGGGUACAUUUUUCUUUGAGGUGUCUAUAUAAUCACUUUCUAGAAAGUACAGGUAUCUGUACUAAUGUUUUUAUGUGAAAAAAGUGUCUUUGUGAUUUUAAAGCCAACUGUAAAAUAAAAUUGUUUCGCCUCCUGAAAAAAAAAAAAA